ACUUCUGGAAAGCUCGGGACAAGGCAGUUCCCAUUUCUCUGUACCCUGAAUGCCGACUUCUCCAGCUCCAAGUGCCAGGGGCUCCAGAUGUUGAGGACAACGCAUCUGAACCUGCUGGCCCGAGCAGUCCCUCCACAGUGCCUGUCAUGGUGGCAAAGGAAGGGUUUUCAGCUGGGAAACACUACUGGGAAGUGGAGGUGGCCCAGCAGCAGGACUGGGUGCUGGGGGUCAUGAGGCAGAAAGAGAAACAAGAGGAGCAAGGGACCCUUGCUGGGGACGACUACUGGGCUCUGCUCAAAUCCCGGGGAGAGAUUUUCUCUAUCAAGGGAAACAUCAGGCUUGAGAAGAACAAUAUGAAUGACUCAGUGAUCAGUGUGCUUCUGGAUUUGGAGGAAGCACAAAUCUACUUUUAUGGAACAGAGCAGGGGAGCACCAUGUUGAGAAUCCCUAUAAGCCUUGGAAAAGAAUUUGCAGAAGAGUUUUACCCUUUUCUAUCAAAAGGGGAAGGGAGAUUCAAGCCUGUUUGCCAUCAAAAUAUUCCUGUUCCAUUAGAGGAAUGGUAA